UUGUAAGCAGCCGUAACUGGAUUUCGCUGAUAUACUCGUAUUUAUUAAUAUGCAAUUCAAAGCAGUAGUAGCAUAUCCCGGCCACAAUGAGAGUUGGCGUUCUGGUUGACAUCCUUUGGUUUUGCAGUUGUUGGAUCGGCCCGAGUCGAGAGAUUAUCCCAACGGAGCGGUAUCCCGAUGGAUGGCCCCAGCGGCAGUAUGCGACGCUGCUCCACAGAGCCAUUGUCGACGGUAUAGAGAUUUUUGUACCCAAUGGCGUGGCGAUAUCCCAUGAAAAUGUUAGGGCUGCGCUGGGAAUUUUGUUCCACGGCUCCAACGGCUCCACGGCGGAUGAAGUGCGUGAAGCAAUGAACCCACCAGAGUCCGAGCAGGUGGAACCGAUGGGAAUUGUUGUCCAACGUCCAGCUGCGGACAAGUUUAAGGAGUUGAGGUACGUCGGGGUUUUCGUGCCUCCCGAACUAAAGCUAAGCUCGGUGUAUGUGCAAAAGAUUCGCGAUAUGGGAGUGGAUCUGGUGCCUACCCAUCCGACUCGCACGAUUCGCAGCCUGACUAGGAAGCUGUGGAGGUUGAGCCCGAGCUUCCUCCGCAGCUCUCUGUUCGAUAGAGACGACCUCCCCUUCGAAUUGCAAAUUCAACCCGAAAUCCUGAUUGUGACGGGAGCGGCCUUCUGGGCCCGGUGGGACGAUGCUGGCUUCCACCGGGAGAACCGACGCAUGCGCGAGUUUAAUGUGGACAAGAGACGUCGCACCUACGUGGACACCAUGUACAGUUUGCCCAGGAGGCGUCAGGUGGCCCGACUGAACAGCUUGCGAUCGGCAAUGCUGCUUCUGCCACUUGCCAAAUAG